CGCACAUUAGUGCUCACUUGAAGUUGGCUGCGUAAACGCAGCUGAUUUUGUAUAAAGCGGCGCGAAAUUCUGCGACAAGCCGCAAUAUAGAUUUGUUAUUUUCCAGCUAAUUUUUCUUAUAAUAUUGUAUGUUUUUCGUAAAGCAUGUUGAAUUUGAAUUGUGUUAUAUGCGCGGAACUAUUUACGCAUGCCGAUGAUGUGUAUGUUACCACCUGCGGCCACAUGUUUCACCACACCUGCCUCAUGCAAUGGCUUGAUCGCUCGAAGACAUGCCCACAAUGCCGCAACAAGUGUACAACGCGAAAUAUAUGGCGCGUUUAUUUCAAUUUAGCCAAUUUAGAUGUAAGUCGCAUCGAUGUCGGCUCGCUGCAGGAGCAACUGGACAAUGCGAAUUUGGCAAUGAAAAUGAAGGAAAAAGAACAAAGUAAAAGCGAACAGCAAAUGAAGGAGCUAAAGGAGACGCAAAAGAAGUGUCUCAAAACUAUAGCUGGCCUGGAGCAAAAGCUGCAAAAGAAUGAAUUUCUUAUCACCAGCUAUGUGGAGCAAAUAAAAGUCUUAAAAAAUGACGCAUUGGUCGUUGAUUCGCUUCGCAAGGAGAACAAAUCGCUGAAACAACAAAUACACACAAUGGAAGGCGUUUCGGCUAUUAUGACAGCAGGCGCUGCCGAUGCCGAGCGUUUGCUCAAAAACGAAGCCAAUCCUCAUGUCUUGGCCAAUUGGGUGUCAACGCUGAAGCGGGAGCUGCGACAGUGCGAAACCAAAAAGACGGAACUACGAAAUGUGCUCAAAUUGGUGCAGAACGAUCUGCGCAGAGAGCUGGACUCGAAGCGCAAGCUGGAGGAACAAAUCUCACAUCUGGAGAGCGAUCUAUAUCGUACGCAGGAGAAGCUCAAGUUAAUUAAAAGCCAACCAAUUGACUUGGAUACUUCGAACCUUUCCUUAGGCCUAAACAGCAACCUUGUUGCGCUAAAGCAAGAGGAAAGACGCAGCACGAUCUCGCCAACAACUAAACAGAACAUCAAACGCAUAGAGGAGUCAACAUCACCCUAUCUAAAUAUCAAAUCCAGCAGCGUUGGGAUUUCACAUUUGCUCAAACCCCCAGAGCUGAGCAUGACCAAAAUCUCGCCGAUUAAGAGUGGAGCUGGCAUAAGCAUGGCCUCACAUGGCGUCAUACGGAAGACACACAGUGAUUUAAGCGAAAAGUAUUCAAUAUUUAAGAAACCUCGCCUGGUACUGGGAGCCACUUCUAGUUCUUCGGCUACAAUGAGCUCAAAUUUUGCAUACAAUGGCAUGGGUGGUUCAGAGAAGAUAGAUCCUUUCAUGCAGCGCGUCGAGGAGGAGAAGGAACAGCAGUUUGCAGCAGCUAGAGCAUCAACUAGCAGCAGUCAGCCGACGUUGUCCAAAACAGUUAAUUCGCGCUUAAAAGCAGGCACUCUGCGGAACUUUAAGUUAACCAAAUAGUUAAAAUAGCCAGAAGACUGCAU